UCUCGUCACAUCCGCGAUAUGGAUUUCAGGAAGUAAUCUAAAAUAAUAAAGUGGUGAACAACUUUCAGAGAGAGGAGUAAACGUCUAAAUGCCAAGCGUCUAAAUGUAAAGCCGGAGUUGUUUCUUAUGAGUUUCUUUAGCGUCGUUGUCGGGACAUCACGUUCACCAUGAUUACCGCACUGUAGGUUUCAUGUUGGCCAAGCUGAAAACUAAGGAGCAAACUUUGAACAAGGCGCUGGAAUUCUUCUGAAGUUUGACUUGCCCAAAAUAAUAUUUGCCAUGGCUUACCAUAAAGGUUCUAUUCCUUUUAGUGCAUUAUUUAUCAUGCUCUGUUUUGGAAUGGCAAAAUCUCUCUAUACCAUUCCACUUAAAAUAUUUAUAGGGACGUUUAACUCUUCUUUAGAUUUGGAUUUAACUCCUAUGAAACGAAUACAAGCCUCAGGAAAUGGACUGUCCCUGGCAUCUGAUCCAGCUGGAAUAGUGAACUUUUUGGACAUGGUCAAUAACUUACAAGGCGACUCUGGCAGAGGUUACUACAUGGAGAUGACACUGGGUACCCCUGGUCAAAAGCUGAAUAUCCUGGUUGAUACAGGAAGCAGUAACUUUGCAGUGGCUGCAGCAGCACAUCCCUUCAUCACACACUUCUUCAACACAGCACUCUCCAGUACGUACCAGUCCACUGGCAGGGGCGUGGCCGUCAAGUACACCCAGGGCAACUGGGAGGGCGAGCUGGGCACCGACCGCGUCCUCAUUCCCAGCAUCCCCGGCACCCCCACCAUCAACAUCGCCACCAUCCUCUCCUCUGGCGGAUUCUUCCUCCCGGGGGUCAACUGGCAGGGCAUCCUGGGCCUGGCCUACCCCCUGCUGGCUCAGCCUGACUCCUCGGUGGAGCCCUUCUUUAACUCCAUGGUACGACAGACAGGCAUCCCAGAUGUGUUCUCCCUCCAGAUGUGCGGAGCUGGGUUGUCAGACAGCUCCACUGCCGACCCCGCGGGGGGAAGUCUUGUCAUGGGAGGGGUUGAACCAACAUUGUAUUCGGGGUCCAUGUGGUACACCCCUAUAAAGGAAGAGUGGUACUAUCAGGUGGAAGUAUUAAAGCUGGAGGUUGGGGACCAGAAUCUAAACCUGGACUGCAAAGAGUACAACCAGGAUAAAGCCAUAGUGGACAGUGGAACCACUCUGCUGCGGCUGCCUGUGAAUGUGUUCAAUGCUGUGGUGGAGGCCAUCUCAAAAACAUCUCUGAUCCAGGACUUCACCUCAGGGUUCUGGGGUGGUACUAAACUGGCCUGCUGGUUGAAGGGAGAGACACCGUGGAGGUUCUUCCCCAAACUGUCCAUCUACCUGAGAGCCACCAACACCAGCCAGUCCUUCAAAAUCUCCAUCCUCCCUCAGCUGUAUAUCCAGCGAAUCACAGACGUGGACGGUAGGCUGGCCUGCUUCCGCUUCGGCAUCUCGUCGUCAGCCAACGGCCUGGUGAUAGGAGCAACCGUCAUGGAGGGCUUCUACGUCAUCUUCGACCGGGCUGAGAAGAGGGUGGGCUUCGCUGUCAGCAGAUGUGCAGUGAACGGUGGGCUAGCCGUGUCAGAGAUCUUGGGGCCCUUCUCAUCUGCAGACGUGGCAUCUGACUGUGCUGCUGGAGGGCUGCUGAAGGAGCCCCUUCUCUGGGUCAUCUCCUAUGCCCUGAUGGCCGUCUGUGCUGUCGUACUCCUCAUCCUGCUCCUCCUCCUGUCCUGUCGUCACCGAGACCGGUCCAGCGAGAUCACUGAUGAGUCCUCGCUGGUCCGCCACCGCAUCAAGUGACUGAGGCGGGCCUCGGGUGACACGACGGCGGCCACCGGCAGUCCCAGUUCUACUGAGGCUGGGAAAGGGGAGGGGUUGGGGCUUCACUGACCAAUAGGACUGUUCUCUGGACACAUCAUGGGGGGAAAAAAUGAACCAGUUUGACCAGUGAACACUUAGCUUAGAUGUUACCAGUUCUUUGCACUCCAAUUUUACAUCAACCUCUGAUUAAUUUAGACACAUGUUAUAAGACUGAAGGUUGGGUAGCAGAAAGGAAUCAUGCUAUCCUUAUGCCAGCCCAGUCCCUUAUUGCACAUAUUACCUGCUGAUUCUCCACUGCCUACAACAUGGUAGUGAAGCACACUGCUCUCAGCUGAGAGACAAGGUCCCAAGAACUCUUAAACAGUCAGGUUUCUUUUUACUUCUUAGAAGCCUCAACUCAAAAUAGGAUAUUGUAAAUGAUGCUUUGAAGUUUGUUGAAUGUUCCCCACAGGUAUCAAUACCAUUAUUUCAUGGCAACUUCUUCUCUGCGAUAAAAGGAGGAAUGUUUCGUAGCAGUUUCUUAGUUUCAUUCACAAAGCACAACCAGGAGUUCAGACAAUUGAAGAUGCACACAUUAUGUUGGGGUAAGAAAAUCACUUAGGUUGAUAUCAUACUUCCCUUCUGGUUUACAAUGUUGUCAUAUGGGAACUAGCAUGGUUUGCAACAUUUUUAAUUGCACUUUUCAAAUACUGAUCAAAAGUAUCAAAAAUAUGAAGAUCAAUAUCACUGCAACUGUGUUAUAGGAUUUCGUAACGACAUUGUUGAAUUAUGUACUUUUACUGCUAUACAUAUUUGAAAUGUCAAUGUGAUUGUAUAAUAUUAUUUCAAAAACUUGCCAUUAGUGGGCACAUAUAUUUCUAUGCUAAUUAAUAUUUUCUAAAUACCCAAAGUUACCCAUGAUUUCAAAAGUUAAAGAAAAUAUUUUGCAAAGGUGUUGGUGCAGAUGAUGAUCAUGUUUGUUUAAAUGUGUUUUAACUAUAUCAGUGCCAAAGUUGUGAUUGUAUAUAAUUACAUUGACCAGAUUAAAGUAACAGCUCUCUCAUUCCAGUGUGAUAAUAGGACCGGCCUCUAUUCCAACAGCCUUCAACCUGGAUAAACAAUCCACCAUUCACUUGACUAGUAUGACUAAAGAAAGAGUUACACAAGUAGAGGGCACCAUGGUUCAGGUUCACUUUCUCUAAUCUUGAGCUCAAGAGGAACUACCAAGAACACUCAAGCACCAUCUGGUGGUCAAAGUGAUACAUAAAUGUAACGACUUUUCAAACUGUACAGUA